UUACUCCUUCUCAAACUCUCCAAUGCAUUGCUCCAAACACCUCACCAGUGCUUCCCAUCUCAGAAGCAGAUAAACGCGCAUUCUGCUGGACCGGACACCUUCUUCUUGAAAUCUAGUCUGCAGAUAUUCAAGGGUGUUGCGACAAAGAAAAUCCUCCUAAAUGCUGACAGAGCCGUGUGGCCUGAUGGGAUCGGACGUCAGAGACCUGAGCGCCCUGCUUCCUGCGGUCCCGAACGCAAACUGUUCCCUGCCUGUCGGCGGAGCUCCGCAGUGGGGACCGAUGCUGGACUUUCACCCUGCCUCCCCGUACGGAUCUCUUCCCUCCCACUCCUUUGUCAAACAGGAGCCGGGCUGGGGGCCCGCAGACCCUCACGAGGAUCCGCACUGCGGUUUGGGGGCCUUCACCGUGCACUUCUCGGGGCAGCUCACAGGGAUGCAUGGGCCGUUUGCUGAUUCUCCGUCCAGCCAGAGCAGGAUGUUCUCCAGCGGGUCUUAUCUGCCAGGCUGCAUGGACAGCCCUCCUGCCCCGCGCAACCAGGGUUAUGGUACAGUAGCAUUAGAUGGAGCUCCCAGUUACGGACACACACCUCACCACACUCCACCAUUCCCCAACAAUACCUUCAAACACGAGGACCCCAUGUCCCCCCAAAGCAGCAUGGGUGAGCCGCAGUACUCCGUCCCACCGCCUGUCUACGGGUGCCACAGUCCUCCUGACAGUCUUUUGAGAAAUAGCUUCAACAGUGGUGAUAAUCUCUACCAAAUGGCGUCUCAGUUGGAAUGUGUUACCUGGAAUCCCGUCAGCUCGCUGACACCCAGCAUAAAGAGUCACAGUGGCGGUUAUGAGGCCGAAGCGUCUGCAGGAGCUCCGCUGGUGUACAGAUGCAGCACUCAGUAUCACAUACACACCCAUGGUCUGUUCAGAGGAGUACAGGAUGUGCGGAGUGUACCAGGCAUCACUCCCUCCAUUAAAUCAUCAGAGAGCAGUGAGAAACGACCUUUCAUGUGUUCUUACCCUGGCUGCAGUAAGAGAUACUUCAAACUGUCCCACCUGCAGAUGCACGGCAGGAAACACACAGGUGAGAAGCCCUAUCAGUGCGACUACACAGGCUGUGGCCGCAGGUUUUCCCGAUCUGACCAACUCAAGAGACACCAGCGCAGACACACAGGUGUCAAACCCUUUCAGUGUGAGACGUGUCAAAGAAAGUUUUCACGCUCAGACCAUCUUAAGACCCACACUCGGACUCAUACAGGUGAGAAGCCGUUUACGUGCCGCUGGCCCAGCUGUCAGAAGAAGUUCGCCCGCUCAGAUGAGCUGGUCAGACAUCACAGUAUGCAUCAGAGAAACGUGAGCAAACUCCAGUCUGCUGUUUGAGACACUGUACAUACACUGGAUCUAAACAAACACACAGAUGCUGAGAAACUCUCAACAGUCGAGACCUGGCAGUCAGUGAACUGAUAACAUGAAGUCACAGCAAAAUGCAAAUUUACUACAU